CUGCCUCCCCCUCUCCCCCCCCCUCUUUGUCCUCUCUUUGCGAGUCUUGUUAAUAUCCUGCAGUGUGACAUCUUAUUGGCUGUAGAGGGCGCUGUGCUGCAGUGGGCUGUGGAGCCCAGCGGGGGGGGCUGGACCGAGUCAAUGCUACAGAGGGUGCUCCACCUGGUGGCCAUGGCUCUACUGGAGGAGCAGCAGCAGCUGGAAAACAACAAAGGAGAUGAUGAGGUCACCUUCAACUACACCUGCAAGAUCUCACGUCCAGGUGAAGCUCCUAGUCCAACAGGAAGUGUCCUGGCCUUGUUGGAGACUCUUCAGAACGCUCCUCACCUUGAGGUUCACAAAGACAUGAUUACCUGGAUCGUCAAGACGGUGUCAAACAUUAAAACAAUGAGAGAACGAACGGUGUCCACAUCCACAGUCAGCACAUGUCCUGGACACAGAGCGGAGGAGACGCUGAGAGACAGAGACAAGGCAGAGAGGAAGAGGAAGGCGGAGAUGGCUCGUCUCCGCAGAGAGAAGAUCAUGGCUCAGAUGUCCGAGAUGCAGAAACACUUUAUCAAUGAGAACAAAGAACUUUUCCAACAAAGUCUGGAGGAGCUGGAGGCGUCGACUGUCAGUGCUGCCGACAGCAGUGCCCCCAGUUUGGAGCACACCUGUGUUUCUCAGGUGUGUGUUGGUCCCAGGAGGGCGGGUGGAGCAGAGCAACGGCAGCUGGUCACCUGUAUCCUGUGUCAGGAGGAGCAGGAGGUCAGAGGUCACGGCAGAGCCAUGGUGCUCGCUGCAUUCAUCCAGAGGUCAACUGUACUGUCCAAAAACCGCCGUCGCAUCCUGCCCGACCCAGAGCGACAUGACCCCCUGUUCAUGCACCCUGACCUGUCACUGGGGAUUCAUACAGCCAGCUGUGGACACAUCAUGCAUGCCACCUGCUGGCAGAGGUACUUUGAGGCCGUGCAGGUGAAGGAGCAGAGACGUCAGCAGCGUCUUCGAGGUCACACCAGCUACGACGUAGAAAAUGGAGAAUUUCUGUGUCCUCUCUGUGAAUGUCUGAGCAACACUGUGAUCCCACUGCUACCACACACACACAUACCUGGGCACAGUGGCAAUCAUCCCUCUCUGGAGGUGUGGCUUAACACAACCAUUCAGCACAUAGCAGUACUACACUCCGCCCACAGAAAGCAAUCUGAAGCUGUAGCAGAGGGGGCGGAGUCUGUCACACUCUGUCAGAACCCCUUCUCCAGCAGCGUCCGUGAGAUGAUCACCACCUUCAGCACGUCCACCUACAAAGUGGGACUGAAACUGAACCCAAACGAGCAGGACCCCCGAGUCCCGGUGCUGAGCUGGUCCACCUGCGCCUACACCAUCCAGAGUAUAGACUUCAUCAGACUGUUCACAGUUCUGGUUCCAGACUCUCAGGUAGAAAACUCUCUGUGUAUCCUCGACAUUGACAUGUUUCACCUGCUGGUUUACAGCGUGUUAGCUUACAGCUCAGUACACAGGCUGGACCAAUCAAGUGCGAGUGUUGACUCAGCUCAUCUCCACCUUCUUCACCUGGUCACAGUGACUCACCUGGUUCAGAUCCUGCUGACGAACUGUACAGAGGAGGUGUGUAUGGAUCAGGACAGUGGGUCAGAGGAGGAGGAACUGAUCUAUGAACUGUACAACACACUGAGGAAACACCUGGACAGUGUGUUACCUGUAGUGUCCUCUGGGUGGCAGUUGUGGCGUUGUGUCAAAGCCGGUAUCUUGCCAUUUCUCCGAGCUGCCGCCCUGUUCUUCCACUACCUUAACUCUACAGCGCCGCCUGCUGACCUGCUGGUUGCAGGUCCUUGUCAGUGGGAGGCACUCUGCAGCUUCCUCAGUCUGCCGUCCAAUCUGCUACAACUGCACCAAAGCCAACACACACUGCUGGAGCCGCUCAUAUACAGGUGGUGUUGUCAUCCAGGUGUGAAACAGGUGCUGCAGGGGGGCGGAGUUCUUGUGAGGUUUCCCAGAGAGUCAAACAAACUUAUCGAGCUUCCGGAAGAUUAUAGCGUCCUGAUCAACCAGGCGUCCAGCUUCACGUGUCCUCGCUCAGGCGGAGAUAAGUCACGUGCUCCCACUCUGUGUCUUGUGUGCGGCGCCAUCUUGUGCUCUCAGAGUUACUGUUGUCAGACGGAGGUGGACGGAGAGGAUGUGGGCGCGUGCACCGCUCACACCUUUACCUGCGGCACGGGCCUAGGACUCUUCCUCAGGGUGAGAGAGAGUCAGGUUUUGUUUGUUGCAGGUAAAACAAAAGGUUGUUUUUAUCCUCCUCCUUAUCUGGACGACUAUGGUGAAACUGACCAGGGACUCAA